AUGUAUGCAUUCCAAAAUACACUUCUUGUUUCCCUUGUCGCGGGAUGCGCCGGGGCGGCCCUCAGUAUUAUCCCAGGAGCGACAUGGACUGCUACCAAUACAGGCGAACACAUACAAGCCCAUGGCGCCGGGAUCAUUGAAGAAAACGGCAUCUACUACAUGAUCGGCGAGGAAAAAACCGACGGUUCCGCAUUCCAAGCGGUUAACUGCUACUCGUCAAGCGAUUUAGUGGAAUGGAGCUUUGAAGGACAACUUCUUACUCGCACAGAAGAAGAUGGCGAUCUAGGUCCCAACCGCGUCGUCGAGAGACCCAAGGUUAUCAAGAACGAUGACACGGGGAAAUAUGUCAUGUGGCUGCACAUCGAUUCCAGUGAUUAUCAGGAUGCGAGGGUGGGCGUUGCGACCGGUGAUGGUGUUUGUGGAUCGUAUGAAUACCUCGAGAGCUUUAGGCCGUUGGGGUUUCAGAGUCGCGAUAUUGGGUUGUUUAAAGAUGAGGAUGGAUCCGCUUAUCUUCUUAGUGAGGAUCGCGAGUAUGGUACUAGGAUUAUCAAACUCACGGAUGAUUACCUUGAUGUUGACGCGGUCACAUUUGGCUGGGAGUACUUCGCCGAGUCCCCUGCGUUGAUCAAACGCGGAGGUACAUACUACAUCUUUGGCUCACACCUCACCGGUUGGGAUCCAAAUGAUAAUGUUUACUCCACUGCAACCUCCCUCUCCGGCCCGUGGUCCAACUGGACCGAAUUCGCACCCGUCGGGACGAACACCUACAGCAGCCAGGUCAACUACGUGCUGCCCCUGGGAACCGAUAAAGCCAUCUACAUGGGUGAUCGAUGGGUAUCCUCGAAUCUAGCAGCAAGUACCUACAUCUGGCUACCGCUCGAACUUUACGGCACGACAGCAAGCCUAACCUGGUAUGACUCCUGGAGCGUCGAUUUAACAUCAGGUGCCUGGUCUGAGCCGGCGAGUGUUUUGGAGUAUGAAGGUGAAGAUGGAGAGCUCUCCGGUGGUGCGCGUACCAUAGACUGCUCACAGUGUAGUGGCGGUGUCGCGGCGGGCUAUAUUGGAGGUGAUUCAGAUAGUGACAAUAACGGCGUUGUUGUCCUUGAUGCCGAUGUUGACACGCAGAGCGGGGAAUCGGAGCGUGUGACCCUCAACAUCAGGUACUUGAAUGGGAAUACGAAUCCUCGGUAUGCGGCUGUUUCUGUGAAUGGUGGCGAGGCUCAGACGGCUGCUUUCAUCUCUACGGCGCAUCACUCUGAUACUGCUGGUAGCAGUGCUGUGCAUGUCAAGCUCAAGUCGGGGGCUAAUACAGUCCAGAUCUCUGGAACUGGUGGAUGGGGUCCGGAUAUUGAUGAGCUGGUUAUUCCGCUAUAA